AUGAGGGCCAUGGCUUGGGCCCUGCCCUCUCUACUGCUGAGACUACUGCUCACGUCCACUCCAGGCGCCCUGGGUACCAACCCCGGCCUGGUGGCCAGGAUCACCGACAAGGGCCUAGAGUAUGUGGCCAGGGAGGGGUCGGUGGUUCUGCAGAAGGAACUGCUCAGAAUCAUGCUGCCUGACUUCACUGGGGACUUCAAAAUCAAGCCCUUUGGCCGAGGGCACUUUGAGUUCCACAGCCUGAGCAUCAACAGCUGUGAGCUGCGUGGUUCUGCUCUGACGCCCCUGCCCGGCCAGGGUCUGAGUCUCACCAUCUCUGACUCCUUCAUCAGAGUCCAGGGCAAGUGGAAGGUGCGCAAAGCAUUCGUGAAACUAUACGGCUCCUUUGAUGUGCAGGUCAAGGGCAUUACCAUUUCGGUCAACCUUGUCUUGGGCAGGGAGCCCUCUGGGAGGCCCACCGUCACUGCCCCUGGCUGCAGCAGCCACAUUCGAGAUGUGGAGGUGGACAUAUCGGGAGAUUUGGGGUGGCUGUUGAAUCUCUUCCACAACGAGAUUGAGUCCAGGUUCCGCAGAGUAUUGGAGAGCAAGAUUUGCCAAAUGCUCCAGAAUUCGGUGACCUCAGACCUACAGCCUUAUCUCCAAACUCUGCCAGUCAAAACAGAGAUCGACAGUUUCGCUGGUAUUGAUUACAGUUUAAUGGAAGCCCCUCGGGCAACAGCCCAAAUGCUGGAUGUGAUGUUUAAGGGUGAAAUUUUUAACCGUGAUCACUAUUCCCCAGUCAGCUUCCUUGCUCCUGUCAUGAGCCUUCCUGAGCAAUACAACCGAAUGGUCUACUUUGCCAUCUCUGAUUAUGUCUUCAACACAGCCAGCAUGGUUUAUCAUGAGUCAGGAUUCCUGAAUUUCUCCAUCACAGAUGACAUGGUUCCCCCUGGCUCUAACAUCCGGCUGACCACCAAGUCCUUCCGCCCCUUCGUCCCCAGGUUAGCCAGACUGUACCCCAACAUGAACUUGGAGCUCCAGGGAGUAAUGGCCUCUGCCCCAUUCCUGAACUUCAGCCCUGGGAAUCUGUCCUUGACUCCCCUGAUGGAGAUUGAAGCCUUUGUGCUCCUGCCCAGCUCUGCCAAGAGGCCUGUCUUCCAGCUUGGUGUGGCUACUAAUAUGUCCGCCAUGUUGACCUUCAACACCAGCAAGAUCACUGGGUUCCUGAAACCAGGAAAGAUACAAGUGGAGCUGAAAGAGUCUAAAGUUGGAGUGUUCAAUGUGGAGCUGUUGGAGGCGCUAUUCAACUACUACAUUCUCAACACCCUCUACCCCAAGGUCAACGAGAAGUUGGCAGAAGGCUUCCCCCUUCCUCUGCUCAAGGAUAUUCGGCUCUAUGACCCUGUUCUCGAGAUCCACAAGGACUUCCUGUUCCUGGGCACCAACCUCCAGUAUGUGAGAGCUUGAGAGCAGGGACACAGCCGGGGUUUGGAGGCCACAGCUGGAUCGGCAACUUGCAUUUCCAGAUGUGCCGUGUAUUCCCAGUGAUUCUGGGAAGAUGAAGACUUCUCUGUUCUCAGCUCCGGGGGAGAGGUCCGUCUGGCCUCUGCCCCCACACUGCUUCUCUUCAGCAGGUGCGCCCAUACCCUCUCUGACUCUGGGCUUCAAUGCCCCCACCUCACCCAGGACGGACCAUCUUCCCGCCCUGGCCUGGACUAUCUUUAAGGGUGGGCAUCAUCUUUUUUAGUCACCUUCUGAUCCCUGUACCUGGCACUUAGUAGAUCCUCAAUAAAUAUUUAUUGAAUGGUUCAAUGAAGGAACCAGUUGGUGUUCUAGAUGAACCUCCUUACCACCCACCCUCUUUUGUCUGAGGGGUCUUUGGAUGGUCAGCCCCAUCUGUGGUCUCACGGACGCCCACCCAGCCCUGGUCCUGGCUCUAAUGCCCGCUCUGGAAGGUGCUUGUCUCUCUUGGUGCACGGGCAGCUCAGGGGCUCGCUUCAGUGUGUGCUCCCUCCCUCACGUCUUGCCUGCAGCACACAAGGGAACCAGUGGGUCUCCCAGAGCCAAAACUCAACCUCCUGCUGUUUUCCCCACUGAAAUGGGUGUAAAUUAGGAGGAAAUGGAUCCCUCUAGGUUUUUGGUCCGACCCAAAUAAAAAGCUCAUCCAACUGUUGUUUAUGAGCCCCAAGCCCGGAGGAAGAGGCCAUGAUUUCUAAUUACUGAACAACCAGCCUUUGAUCAGACUUACUAAAGAGUCAUUUCCAAGUUAUGUGGUUGGGCCCCCGGGAACUGGGAAUCAGAAGGCUCGUUUGAUAUAUUUUUUAAUUGUGUUAAUGAGCAGCUGGAUGGAGCUGCGGGCUAACAGAUCAUUCACAGGGAAUAGACCCAUUUACCCUUUGUGUGACAGAGACAUGUUCCAAGAUGGGACAAUGCGCAGUCACCCAGCUGUUGGUAAAGUAGGCCAUGGCUUUGUGUCCUCCCUCCUCUUUCCUUUGGUUCACUCGUCCACCUGCAUCAUCCAUCCCUAUGGUGGACAGGUGACAGACUUGGGCUUCGUCCAUUACUAGCCAUGUGGCCUUGGGCAGGUCCCUUCCCCCACUCAGGGUCCUCAUCUAUA